AGGCGCGAAGAGACUACGAAGGCGCGGCGAAGGCGCAUUGGCGGCGCGGCGCGCAGGGCAGGGAGCUGACGGAGCUGCGAUGGCCGUUCGCGGGAGUCGGACUGGUGGACCUGCGGGACCCGCUCAGAGCGCGGAGUCCUGACGCCGCAGGCGGGCGGGGAGCCGCGGGCCUCCGCCGCUACCAUGUAUCCGCCGCCGCCGCCCCCGGCGCCGCAGCGGGACUUCAUCUCGGUGACGCUGAUUCCGAGCCGAGGCUACGACGGCAGCAAAGGCUGGCGACGCCGCUCGUGCUGGCGGAAAUGGAAGCAGCUGUCCAGGUUUCAGCGGAACGCCAUCCUCUUCCUGCUGGCCUUUCUGAUGCUCUGUGGCCUCCUGACCUACGUCAGCACGUCUGACCAGUGGCCAGCCGAGAACAGGUCGGCGGAAGGGCAGAGGAUGAGACCAGCAAACCCACCGGUCCUGCCAGCCCCUCAGAAAGCAGACGCUCACCCAGAAACCUUCCCGGGGCUCUCACCGCAGAAGCUUCCAAGGCAUUUCCGACGGGGACCACCCAACCUGCAGAUCAGAGCCCCCGACAGAACUUUCAAGGACAGGGGGCAGGAUGAGGCCGAGAGGAGGGCAGAGGUGGUGGACGAAAAGGGGCAGAGAACCAUCAGCUGGAGGGGAGCAGUGAUGGAGCCAGAGCAGGGCAGCGAGCUCCCUUCUAGGAAGGCAGAGGGCCCCCCCAGGCCUUCCCCGCAGGCCCUCGGGAUUCAGAACCCGCCAGCAUCCCCCAAGGAGCGCCAGAAGGCCGUGAUCGACGCCUUCCGCCACGCGUGGGCCGGGUACCGCAAGUUCGCCUGGGGCCACGACGAGCUGAGGCCCGUGUCCAGGUCCUUCAGUGAGUGGUUCGGCCUCGGCCUCACGCUGAUCGACGCCCUGGACACCAUGUGGAUCUUGGGUCUGAAGAAAGAAUUUGAAGAAGCCAGGAAGUGGGUGUCCAAGAAGUUAGAGUUUCAGAAAAACGUGGACGUCAACCUGUUUGAGAGCACAAUCCGGAUCCUGGGGGGGCUCCUGAGCGCCUUCCACCUGUCAGGGGACGUCCUCUUCCUGCAGAAGGCUGAGGAUUUUGGAAAUCGGCUAAUGCCUGCGUUCCAGACACCGUCCAAGAUCCCGUACUCCGAUGUAAACAUUGGCACUGGCGCUGCGCAUCCUCCCCGGUGGACCUCUGACAGCACGGUGGCCGAGGUGACAAGCAUUCAGCUGGAGUUUCGAGAGCUCUCUCGUCUCACGGGAGUUAAGAAGUUUCAGGAGGCCGCGGAGGAGGUGACGAGGCACAUCCACUCCCUUUCGGGGAAGAAGGACGGGCUGGUGCCCAUGUUCAUCAAUACGCACAGCGGCCUCUUCACCCACCUGGGCGUGUUCACCUUGGGCGCCAGGGCCGACAGCUACUACGAGUACCUGCUGAAGCAGUGGAUCCAGGGCGGGAAGAAGGAGCCGCAGCUGCUGGAGGACUACCUCGAAGCUGUGGAGGGAAUCAAGAGGCACCUGCUGCGCAGGUCCGAGCCAACGAAGCUCACCUUCGUGGGGGAGCUCACCCACGGCCGCUUCAGCGCCAAGAUGGACCACCUGGUGUGCUUCCUGCCAGGGACGCUGGCUCUGGGCGCCCACCACGGCCUGCCCGCCGACCAUAUGGAGCUGGCCCGGGCACUCAUGGACACCUGCUAUCAGAUGAACCGUCAGAUGGAGACGGGGCUGAGCCCCGAGAUCGUGCACUUCAACCUGUCCCCGCAGCCGGCCCGGAAGGACGUGCUGGUGAAGGCGGCCGACAGACACAACCUGCUGCGGCCCGAGACGGUGGAGAGCUUGUUCUACCUGUACCGCUUCACGGGCGACCGCAAGUACCAGGACUGGGGCUGGGACAUCCUGCAGAGCUUCAACACCUACACGAGGAUCCCCUCGGGCGGCUACUCCUCCAUCAGCAAUGUGCAGGACCCCAGCAAUCCCCAGCCCAGGGACAAGAUGGAGAGCUUCUUUCUGGGGGAGACGCUCAAGUACCUGUACCUGCUCUUCUCUGACGACCCAAACCUGCUCAGCCUGGACACCUACGUGUUCAACACCGAGGCUCACCCCCUGCCCAUCUGGGCCCCCGCCUAGGGCGGGACGACUCCCGAGUGGGCGCUGCCCACGGGCCCACACUUCCUGUCAUCAGGACCCUGACCCUGACCUUGGCUGUGCCAUGUCCGCCCAGCUGGCUGGACGUGCUCCAGGCCGGAUUGACGGCAGCGGCCUCGUGGGCGACAGGGCCGGGACGUGUUGGGGCCCCGUAGGUGCUCGGGGCGGCCGCUGGGCCCGGCUCCUCGCCUGGUUCUCAUCAGGACACCGUCAGGAACAGACAGGAGUAAAUGAGCGCUGUGAUUCGGGGAGGCCCUGCCCACCCGGGAGCCUUCCUCCUCCUGAGAGAAUCGAAUUCUGACUGCAUUCCUGAGGCCCGACUGUCCUCCUCCCGGCCGUGCAAGGGCUUUGUGGGUGUCCUGGGGCCUCUGUCACCCGGGGCUACUCUGCUCCCUGGAGCCCAGGAUGUGAUCAGAGGCCGGAGCCGAGGGGACAGCCGGGUGCAGCUCAGCCUGGGGUCUCAGAGCCUGUGGACACGCCCUGACCUGAGGGUCUGGGGGCAUCUGUGACCUGGGGAUAUGGGCUCCUGGCUGGCUGUGGUGUUUACACGUUGGACUCAGGGAUCCUCCCACUGCCCUGCUCGGGCUGGGAGGGGCUGGGCGGGCAAGUCACCUGCUCCCAGGCCAGCCCAAUAGAUGGACUUUCAGUCGGGAUAAAAGUACAUUUGUUCCA